AUGCAGGCCCAGCUAGGAAAAUUCAUACGUGUCAGCGCGUUCCUAGCAUCGCUCGUGACGACGGCAGGCUUCGUGACAGCGGAAUCGCCUAAUAUCAGUCAGCUGCGAGCCGACCUGACUUCUCUCGCCAAUACUCUACGAUGGAAUAUCACUACCCAGGACACCUAUGCACCUGUGCAGCAGGCAGCUCUUUCUGCCUACUCGACCCUGACCUCCGUGGCCCGCAAACAUCACAAGGCAAUUCCGCAGGCGGACCAGUUCUCCGAGACUCUUGAGCGUCUUAUUGCCGAAAGCCGAUACCUGGUAGACUUGUCCGCGCCCGCAGACUAUGAACCAAGUGUUUUAGACUCGGUCAUGUUCCUGACGGGAAGCGUCGACGAAUGGCGAUUUACCAUCGACACCAUCAGCACGAAAUUGGAGCUGCCCUCCAGCUACCAAGCUCCGCGACUUAGACAGAGCACCGCCGCCACCGGCAUCAACCGCGAGACUGCUCCGGGGACCGAGUUCCGCGAUGCUGACACAGGACCAGUCAUGGUCGUCAUCCCUACCGGAACUUUCACCGCAGGCUCUACCCCCGAGGAACACGAGCGCUGGCAGGUUCCGCAAAACCGGCGCGAUUUCGAGCUGCCGCAACGAAGAGUCAGCAUCGCCACCCCUCUAGCCAUCGGCAAGACAGAAGUCACGGUAGACGAGUUCGACACCUUUGUCCGGGAGACCAGCUACCAGCCGCGAGGCGGAGCACGCUGGUGGAAUCCAGACAACAGCACCGCCAUGGUCUUCAACCAAGACCUAAACUACCUCAACCCGGGGUUCGCCCAGACCCCCGACUCGCCGGUCGUCGCCAUCACAAGGCAAGACGCCGUAGCCUACGCAGACUGGCUGUCCGCCAUCACCGGAGCCACGUACCGGCUUCCCACGGAGGACGAAUGGGAGUGGGCAGCCCGCGGCGGCACCCAGGACACCUUCUUCUGGGGAAACCAGCUGGACGACGUCGUCUCGUACGCCAACAGCUUCGACAUCACGUCCAAGAGGGUCAAUGGCUUCCGCUGGGCUAAUACCCCGGUCGACGACGGCUUCGCGUGGACCGCCCCCGUGGCUUCCUUCCAGCCCAACGCCUUUGGGCUAUACGACGUGACGGCAAACGCUAGGGAGUUUUGCGCAGAUACAUGGGUACGGGACCUGAGCGAUGCCGCGGCCGAUGGCUCCGUUCAUGUUGGCGCCGCGCCGUUUCCGGUGGUGCGCGGCGGCGCUUGGAAUUACCAGCCGCAGAAUCUGAGGAUCAACUAUCGCAGCGCGUACUUUUCUAGCGAGGUCGCUACCAACAUGUUUGGUUUUCGGUUGGUGCGGGAGCUCUGA